CAUCAACGAUUCUUAAACAGAAAAGUUGUUAACCAUGCCUGAACCAUCGGGACAGAAGUCAGCGCCCAAGAAGGGCUCCAAGAAAGCCGUCACCAAAGCCGGCCCCAAGGGCACCAAGAAGAGGCGAAAGUCCAGGAAGGAGAGCUAUGCUAUCUACGUGUACAAGGUGCUGAAGCAGGUGCACCCUGACACCGGCGUCUCCUCCAAGGCCAUGAACAUCAUGAACUCGUUCGUCAACGACAUCUUCGAGCGUAUUGCCUCCGAGGCUUCCCGCCUGGCUCACUACAACAAGCGUUCCACCAUCACGUCCAGGGAGAUCCAGACCGCGGUCCGCCUGCUGCUGCCGGGCGAGCUGGCCAAGCACGCUGUGUCUGAGGGAACCAAGGCCGUGACCAAGUACACCAGCUCCAAGUAAACUGUUGAAACCAGUUUCCAAACCCAACGGCUCUUUUAAGA